CCGGAACCACCUGACCCGAUUUCUUCCUCAACCCGUCAACUGCAACAAUAUCACAAAAAUUGGAGGUUAAUUCAGACGGAAAAGAGCUCGAUUCAGCAAAUCGUAGGAGCGUCCCAAAAUGGGCGAUAAAUCGAAGAAGAAUAAGAAGAGGAAGACAAAAAAGCACAUAGACGACACAGAGACUUCAUCAUCGUCGUCGUCUCCAUCGAGCUUCGACGACGACUCCUCCAAGAGGCGGCACCGGCACCGGCGAAGAAGUGACGAUAAAGAGUCGAGGAGAGAGAAAGAGAGGAGGAGAGAGAAACGAAGAAAGGAGAGAGAGAGAAAGAGAAGGAAAUCUAGAAGAGAUGGAAAGAAGAGUAGGGUUUCCGAGUCCGAAUCCGGUUCGUCGAGUGAUGAGACUGAUUCGGAGCGGGUACAGGCGAAGCCCGACGCGGUUGUGCGAGACUUGUUGAGAGAAUUUCCUGGUGUUGGCAAUGAUUUGAUUCAGCUAUUGCAAAUGGUUGAUGGUGGGCAAGCUGUUGACAUAAAGGGUGUAUCUGAGAGGUUUCUGAUGAAGCAUAUAAAGAAGCUUUUCCUUUCAUUGGGGCUCAAGGAGAGUGGUGAUAGAGUGUUUUUACUAACUUCAAAUGCUCGUCCUUGUUUGGAAGUUGUAGGACCUUUAAUUCACGCUCAUAUAGAACCCAAAGAGCAACAAAACGAUGCUUCUGUACCGGCAAAUGGGGAUUUGGAAGCAGUGGAAUGCGGACAAGUGAUGGAUGAGGGUAAUGUGGCAGGGCCAUGUCCAGAGGAUGAUGCUACUGCUCCCAGAAGAAGAAUAAUUGGCCCUGAGAUGCCAUCAGCUGAGUUGCUUGCAGCUGCAGCGAAAUUAACAGAAGCGCAAGCUGAGCUCAGGGAAGUUGAGUUGGAGGAAGAUACUGAGAUUUUUAUAGGACCUCCACCACCUGCUAUGGUUGCUGAGGCUGCAUCAGCAAAUGAGGCAGAGAGAUUUGAAGAGGUCACCAGAAUUAUGGGGGUUGAGGCUGAUUGUCCAUAUGAUGUUGUAGGAGUGAACCUGACUAUGUCCGCUGAUAAUGUAAAAAAAAGGUACUGGAAGUUGUCUCUUUUAGUGCACCCAGAUAAAUGCCCUCAUCCUCAGGCUCAUCAAGCAUUUAUUAAAUUGAAUAAAGCUUUUAAAGAAUUGCAAGAUCCAGAUAAGAGGAAACUGCUGGAUGAGAAAAUUAAACUUAAGGAAGAACAGGAGAAAUUUAAGGCUGAGUUGAAAGUAAUGCGUGAGGCUGCGCAGUGGAGAAGAUCUCAAGGUAUAUCUAUGGAGGGCGAUGAUGAGCUGUUGGCAGACAUGGAUGUUAAGGUGGAACCUAUUAGAGAUGAAUGGAUGACAACACUACCUCCUGAAAGAAAACCCGGUAUGACUAUGCAGUCAACACAAUUUAGCAGGAGCACAAAAGUAGGACGUGGUGAUACUAGUGUUUGGACAGAUACCCCUUCGGAUAGAGCCCAGAAGGCAAAGAUGAAUUAUUUAGAAGCAUAUAAUGAGGCUUCCGCACUUGCUUCAAAUGAAGAGCAAAACAAAGGGAAAAGUUCAGAGGCAGAGCUGGUGGAUAAAUACAAUAAAGAAAAACGAUCAAAGUCAUUGUUACAGAAGCACCAGGAAGAGGCUACGGGCCGUUCGAAGAAAAAAUCCAAGCAGCAGCCAGAGAAAGAAGAGUGGGUGGGGCAACAUCCUUGGAAGCCUUGGGAUCGUGAGAAGGACUUGACAGCUGGGAGGAAAAGUAUAAACUUGGAUCCAGAAAACAUGGCUCAGGGUUUAACUUCCAGGUUUUCUUCAGGAAACUUUCAAAGAAACUUCCUUUAGACCUUGGGCUUGUAUGUUUACAGUUCAUAGUAUUAUAUUGCCUUUUCGGUCCUCUUUACUUUGUAUUUUGUGUUCAUGAAUUGUGGUUUUAUCAAUAUAGGAAAGAGAGUCCUAAUGACACACUCUCUCUCUCUC